AUGGCGACUGCGCUGGAUGCGGCGCCUGUCGCCGACCAGCUGCCUCCUCCUCCCCCAGCCCCGGCCGAAACCACCACCAAUUCCAUCACUCCACCGAACAGCGCCGACGGCAAGAAACAUGCUCCUGAGGGCCUCCCUACUGAGCUGUCCGACCUCGAGCUGGAUCACAAUGGCGCCGCUCCAUCGGUCGAGCCUGUCGAAGAAGACAUCGAGCCUGAUCACUACUAUGAAGGAGGGAAAAUCCCCGUUUUUAAGCCGACUAUGGAUCAGUUUCGUGAUUUUCAGUCUUUCAUCCAGAAGGUUAACAAGUAUGGAAUGAAAUCUGGUAUUGUCAAGAUUAUACCCCCGCAAGAAUGGAGAGAUUCACUAUCGCCCCUUGAUGAUCCAGUCAAAUCCAUCCGUGUUAAGAACCCUAUCAUGCAAGAGUUUCAUGGUGCCCAUGGUACUUAUACUCAGGCGAACAUUGAGAAGCAAAGAUCAUACAAUCUUCCGCAAUGGAAAGCGUUAUGUGAAGAUGGCAGUCAUCAACCUCCAGCGAGGCGAGGCGAACGUCGCCGCAAUCAAGAGAAGGCGGUCCGUCCGGCCGCACCAAAGCCUCAAGUUUCUCGCUCGGGGUCUCAGAAAAGGGGACCAGGGCGGCCUCCGAAGAAGUCCAAGGAGCCGAAGAUCAAGGAAGAAUCGCCCGCAGAUGACCAGUCUGAAAAAUCCCGGUUAGAGGGUCCUCCGACGCCAGUGUCACCGCAAUCGAAUCCAGUUGAAACCAAGACCGAAGAUCUCAGCGACGGAGAGGAACUGCCGGCUGCGAAGCCAAAAGGAAGACAGCCAAAGUCGGUUUCAUCGAGGAGAAAGCACAAUCGCGGCGAGACCCUGGACCAAGUGGACGAGGAAGCGUUCAAAGACUUCGACUAUCGCAUCCACGAUAACGAUCAAUACACGGCGGAGCGAUGCGAUGAAUUGGAGACGGCGUAUUGGAAAUCGCUCAUGUUCAAUAACCCUAUGUACGGAGCAGAUAUGCCGGGCUCCCUGUUCGACGAGACUACCACUUCCUGGAACGUGGCGAAACUUCCCAAUCUGCUUGAUGUUCUCGGACAGAAAGUCCCAGGCGUCAACACAGCCUAUCUGUACUUGGGUAUGUGGAAAGCCACGUUUGCCUGGCAUUUGGAGGAUGUCGACCUGUAUAGCAUUAAUUAUAUCCACUUUGGUGCUCCUAAACAGUGGUACAGCAUUUCUCAGGAAGAUGCCCCUCGAUUUGAAGCUGCCAUGAAAAGUAUCUGGCCCAGUGAUGCCAAGAACUGCGACCAAUUUCUACGUCACAAGACCUACUUAAUCUCACCCAGCAUUUUGAAAUCACGGUUCAACAUCACCGUGAACAAGGUGGUCCACUAUGAAGGAGAGUUCAUGAUAACUUACCCAUAUGGCUAUCAUUCCGGAUACAAUCUAGGCUACAACUGCGCGGAGUCUGUGAAUUUUGCCACAGAACAAUGGCUGGACUACGGCCGCAUUGCCAAGAAAUGUAAUUGCGAAUCCGACAGCGUCUGGAUUGACGUUGGAGAGAUUGAGCGGAAGCUGCGGGGCGAGCCAACUCCGGAAUACUACUAUGAAGACGAGAUAGACAGUGAUUUGGAUGAGCUGGAUGGCGCGUCCGACCUGCUCACGCCUCCUCGUAGUGUGCCUGAGAAAUCAAACCGGGGUAGAAAGCGCAAGCAUGAGGGCGAGGACGGCAAAGUCAAGCGCAUCCGUAUUCGAGGUGACGUGAUUCGAAGGAUUCCUUGUCUGCUGUGUCCCAACGACAUGGACUACGAGGAUCUCUUGCCGACCGAAGAUGGCAAAUCGCAUGCCCACCGGCGCUGUGCCACGUACAUUGAAGAGACGUCCAUUCUGCGCGAUGAGUCUGGGCGAGAGGUCGUCUGUGACAUUGAUAAGAUUCCUAAGGCGCGCCUUGGGCUUAAAUGCCUGUUCUGCCGCGAAGUGCGGGGGGCCUGCUUCCAAUGCAACUAUGGCAAAUGCACACGGGCGUACCACCCCACCUGCGCGCUGCUCGCUGGCGUGCAAGUCGAGUUUGGCUCGAUUGUCGUGAUUGCCGACGACAGCCAGCAGUACUCGGUGGCCAGCGUUGAUCUGAAGUGUAAAUUCCACCGACAACGACGACACGGCGGGCCCUCCGAGCUCGUCGGCGAUGAUCGCAAGGUCGUCCAGAUUGCCAGCCGGCUGUCGAUGGGCGACCUGCUGCAGUUCCAGGUGGACAAGGAAAUCAACGGCGCGAUCGUGCUCGAGAACCGGCCUGUCGAGCGGACGCUGAAGCUCAAGGUGCUGCCUCGCGGCGACAUCAUCGAGCUGCCCUACCGCUGGAUUCUGGUUGUUCGCAAGACCAACUUCGCUCCGCUGCCGCCAGGGACGAAGCCGCUGCCCGCUCACCUGGCGCGCAAAGCAGAGACGCACAAGGAGCUGUCGGCGGCGGUGCCCAUGCCAGGGACGCCGUUCGGCGACGCCAACGCACCCUUCCAAUGGGCCGAGUUCGAGCAUACACAACUGCCGGCCGAGGCGAUCAGGACGGCGGUGCCCGUUGCAGGGCACUUCUGGUAUUACCUGGGCGCGACGUCGACGGAGUGUAGGGCACAGUACACGCACAGCCCUAGUGUGACGGUCCACAACCCGCGCGCGAAUUUCCUGGACAGCGCUCACCCCUCGUCGUCGGGCUCUGGUGCCUCUGGCUCUGCCUCUGCUCCCCCCCACCACCUCUAUGCCCCUCCAAACACAACGCUGCCUCGUUCUUUUUCGUCAUUGCAGCGACGCCCUUCAAACACUGCAAUGACUCCUGCCUACCGACACCUGCCUCCGCAUACAAAUAAUGUCAACAUCAACUCCCCCUCCGCCGCUCACUUCUAUCCUGCCAAUGUCGUGCGCCCCAAUCCCUAUGCUGCCCUGCACAAGCCCCAGCCCGACCCGCCGACCAACACCUUUGCCAGCGUCCGCGAGUUGAUCGCUCGCCGCCGUCUGGCGCAAAUCACCGACCAUGCAAACGUGUUUGCCGGGUACAAGAUUGUCAGCCCGGAGCUGGUCGUCGAGACCCUCCUGGGCCCCAUGGGCUCUGUGCCGCCUCCGAAUGGCAUGGAAAAACUCGAAUUGGCCAUGGCCCAACAACGUGUGCAGCCCAAGGCCCUGGACGGCACCCUUCUGCCGCCGCAGCCUCUCAACAUGCGGUCGGAAGAAGUCAGCCGGCUGCUGCAAAUGCUUCGCUUCUCCGUCGUCAGCCAUCGCGACCGUCUCGAUGUCAUCCCCAAACGCGAACCCGAAUACAUUAAACAAGAGCCUUUUGAUCGCCCCAACUAUGCCGCCGGUCGGGUGGCUGGGAGGUACCCGUACCUGGAACAACAACAAGCCCAAACGCCCACCGUGUACCGAUCCCCUUACGAGUCGCCCUUUGGGCUGGCCGAAUGGACCAAGAAGGAAUAUAAUCUCAUCGAGGAAGAGCCUUCCUCCAAACCAUCGUUGGCCAAUGACUUUUUCGCGUCGCUGUCGCCGGCCGACCAGGAAAAGGUGGUCAAGGCCUGUGGUAGCUGGGUGCAGGAGCGGAUUGUGGACCGGCCCUCAAGCCAUAGCCGACAAAGCUCGACGUCCAACUUCAGGUUCUCUGCUGCGCUGGCCCAGCAAAAUAAUAAUCCUACCAUCGACAUCACCACUGUUGACGAUCUGCCGAUGACAGAACUGGACCGGCUCGAUCGAUUCGACUUCCCCUUGCAUGCCGACUCGCCGGCGUCUAGCUUCAGUCGGCCGCACCUAGUCGGCUUCCCUUCGCCGCACGACUUCAAUGGCCACGCUGACCACGACUCCUCGAUCGUCCCUCGACAUCUCUCCGACCAUCACGACCUCUUUGGCGAUCAACAAGCCAACACACGGUUUUGGCAGCACGGUCCAUGGGCGCCUGCGGGAGACGGCACGACGCCGAUUGAAGAGAACCGGCCUUUCUUUGGACCUCAUGAACGACUGAAGCACGACUACGCGUCAUCCGAACUGUCGCUCGGACGAGGCGGUCCCGGGUCGCUGCAUUCUGUCGACAUGGCGGGGUUUGGCAUGGACACUACCGAAGAUUUUUGUUCGGGGCUCAGUCCAUGA